AUAAACGAAGUAAGGAACCAAAGGUUGUUUAGAGGGAAAAAUAAAAAAGAAAAAGCAAUGGGUGGUGUUGGUGAGAUUGCAGCGGAGACAACGAGGAAGAGGAAGAAGAAGGGAAGGCCCUCUCUCUUAGAACUUCAAAAGCGCUCUCUCAAACAACAACUGCAGGAGCCACAGCAACCGCAACAAAAAAACCCUAAUCUCAUUAACCCUAAUUCUUCCAGGAAUUUGACCUGCCGGUCCUCUUGCCGCCACCCCAAUCUCAACGGUGGCUCCCCGGUUUCCAGAGGAGACGACGACGAUGAUGACCGUCAACAUAAGAAGCAUAAACUAUUGAUUGGCUUCAAUUCUUCUCGUAGUCAUCAACAUUAUCCGAUUCCUUUGGCGCAGAAUUCGGCCUCCCCUGGAUCUGAUUCUAAUGCAGAUGAUGAAGAACCCGACGCGUCACUCAGACGUCGCAAGUUCACCACUGUCAAGCCUGGAUCUGAUCGGACGGAAGAAAAGUCAUCGAAAGUGACAGACACUCUUCACGGGUCACCGGUGGAGUCUGGCCCCACGACUCCUUUGCCAGACAAAAAGUUGUUGGUGUUCAUUCUUGACAGACUUCAAAAGAAAGACACUUACGGGGUAUUCUCAGAGCCAGUGGAUCCUGAAGAGCUUCCUGAUUACCAUGACAUUAUUGCGCACCCCAUGGACUUUUUGACAGUCAGGAAAAAACUUGUUGGUGGAGCUUAUACUACCUUGGAACAAUUUGAGAUGGAUGUUUUUCUAAUAUGCUCGAAUGCAAUGCAGUAUAACGCACCGGAUACAAUUUACUUUCGACAGGCACGGUCAAUACAAGAGCUGGCUAAAAAGGACUUCGGGGAUUUGAGGCAAGAUAGUGAUGAAGGUGAACCCCAACCGAAAGUUGUGAGGAGAGGAAGGCCACCUGGAAAGAGCCUCAAAAAGUCAUUGAUGCGAUCAUCUUUUGACCGUGUUGGUUCUGAGCAUCCCUCAAAUGCAACUCUUGCUGCUGGUCGAGAUGCUUCCAGCCUUUCAAACACUUACAAUUUGAGGAAAGAACCUACUUCCCGCAAGCUAUGGCCUGCUGAUACAUUAAUCAGGUCCUCCUGGGGUUCUCCUAGCAAAGAAAAUUAUUCCAGUUGUUCAACUGAAUGGGAGAAUGAAUUUCCAGCUUCUGUCGUGAAGGCUGUGAUGAAGUAUGGGAUGAAACAUUUCACAGUAGAUGAGAACAGGCGGGACUCCUUCAACCAUUCGUUGACUUCUGGACAUGAGCAACAUAUCUUUUCCACCUUGGAUGAAGUGAAGCAACUAGUUCCGGUUGGUUUGAGAGCAGAAAAUGGUUAUGCUACAAGCUUGGCACGUUUUGCUGCAAAUCUUGGACCUGUUGUUUGGAAAAUUGCUUCAAGAAAAAUUGAAAGUGUUUUGCCUACCGGGAUCAAGUUUGGUCCUGGAUGGGUAGGAGAAAACAGGACGGUAGGGCAGCCUCAAUGUUCCUUCGCCAACAAGCAGAGAUCUUCAAAUUCUCUGUCUGAUAAUCCUCCUGGCAUAUUUUUAUCUGCAGCUACUUCUGGUUCAAACUCCAUUGCCGCAAGUAUAUCUCCUUUGCAAGGUAAAGAAGACACAGAAACUGUCAUUGGUCUAACUUCUCAAAAGGACUUGGCUUCUGCACCUUCUCAUCAGUUUCAGCAAAGACUUUUACCGCACUCUAGUUUCAAUGGUUCUAUUGGUGUGUCUAGGGUUGGUUAUUUGUCUCAAAUGGGGUUUCCUGAGGCAACUAAUGUCGGGCUUCUGCGGAAUUCCAAUAAUGAGCAGGAUUUACUUCCAUUUGCCCCUGAUCUUAAUGUAAGAUUCCUGGCACCUGUUUCACCUAGUUCUAGGGUGCCAAUUGGUUCACCCCAGCACCCGGAUUUAACGUUGCAACUGUGAUAAUUAGCCAACACUUUCCAAAUGAUGUGGCAUGUGUGCACUAAUUGCAAUAUUAGAUCUUGGCCUGUAUAUGAAUUUACUUACCGCAUUCUUCAUUGGAAGGUCCGUUGAGGCGCAGUAGUAGUUCCUCAACAAGAUAUAUCAAAUUCUUUCAU